GGCGGGCAGGGCGGGGGUGGAGGCACGUCUCGCUGCUGAGGGAGCCGGGACUUGCAGAGCGUUGGGCUUUCCCGACCACCCUUUCCCCUCCCCACCCGCCCAUCUCCCUGCUUCCCUCCCCCCCCCCCCCACGCCCCGUCCCCUCUCCGCCUUCCCUCCCUCCUUCCCUCCCUCCCCUCCAGAAUUAAAGUUGGGACGGUGGCGCUCCGGGGAUGGGUGCGAGCCAACGCCUGUGCUGCCGGCUCGCUCUGCUCCCUCCCCAGGUCGCCCGGAGCCCGCGCCCCCGCUCGCCCACCCAGGAGGGAUGCUGCUCCGGGAGCUGCUGGGGCUGCUCCGCUGCUGCUGGCCCUCGCUGCUGCUGCACUGUGCCCUCCAUCCGGUCUGGGGCUCCCUCCAGAUCGCACAGGAUGAGCCCCAGAAGUCAUGCUCCAAGCCUGUAGCAGAGAAGGUGCCAGAGACCUGCCAGCAAACUUGCCAGUGCAGGCCACCUCCACUGUUACCGCCACCACCUCCACCUCCACCGCCCCCGAGGUUGCUUGUGGUGCCGACUCCCAAGUCUACCUUUUGUCCCACUGAAGAGACCUGGUGGCCAGGCCUGGUUAUUAUCAUUGCAGUAUGCUGCGCCACACUAGUGUUCCUCUUCAUAGUUGUCAUCAUUUGCUACAAAGCCAUAAAAAGGAAACCAAUGAGAAAAGAAGAGAACGGAACCAAUCGGGCUGAAUAUGCAAUGACCUCCUCCCAAAACAACAAAACAGUUGAUAACAAUGCGGCUGUGUAAUCCCUGAAACCCGCCCAAGGUGCAGGAGGUGGUAAACUUUCAAAGCACACACAUGGAGUAUGCAGGAUGGGUGAAAUAAGACAACGAAAGGAGCUCUGUGGCCAAGGACUUCAUUUCAGAAAUAGCGCACGCAUCAGUGAUUCAGAAGAGAAAAGCAGGCUGCUCUUCAGACUUGCUGCUUCUCCAAGGGAGGAUAAACUCGCCCACCCGGGCUGCCUGGAGAAAAGGCCUCACAAAGGCAUAAGCAUUGCAUGCUGUCUCUCAUGAAAGCAAUGUUGCGAUGCCUCCCAGUUCUUCUUCCUCUCUUCCUCCCCACUUUUCAGUUUCAAUUGAGUGUCCACAAAAAGCUGCUGAAAUGGAAUCUUUUGAGGAGAAGGUGAUCUGCCAGAGUGGCAGCAGUUUAUUGUAAAUGAGUCUGAGGAUCAAGGGCAAGAGGUGUCACGUAUGAGCUUCUCCAGCCUGUGCAGUUUUGAAUGCUUCUACUUCAUUCUUAUAAUUCUUGUUAUUUCAUUAUUAAAAGGGAAACAAAAGGUUUCUGUAAAGCCAUCCAAGCAACCAAAAAUUGCAUGAACUUGUGACUUAUCCCAGGAAAUUCAUCUGCAGUCUGUUGACUAUGCAAUUUCCAUGGCUGAAGAUUUUUCAGGCAAAAGAAAUAAAAAUGUAAGAUUUUAGCAAUCAGCAUUGCUAUUAAAAGGAAUAUUAUUGAGGUGCUUUGAAUGUUAUUACUUCUUAAUCAGCCUCCUUUUUGCAUCACACUUUAAUUUUUAUCUUUAAAAAAGUUCUUCCUUUGUGAAGUUCUACACGUUUCUCUGUGUUUGCAUCAUGCUCAUUCCCCAGAGAAACCCCUACAGGAAGGAUGUUGGUUACAUCUUGGCAUGAAUAUUUGGACAGGAUUGUAUUGAAAGGACUAGCAGCCCUUUGAAGUCCUCUUCAUUCACUGAUUAGUUUUGUUUCCCAAAAGUGUCAAGUCUCUUGAACUGGCCUGGUUUGGAGGAUCACUUUUGAAAGUCUGGUAAGCUGGUUGUGCCCAUGUUAACUCAGUCUCUGCCUCUCUUGGGCAGAGGCUGACGAUUGUGCCAAAUUCAGCAUAAUAGCUUAGUGUUGUACUGUCCGUGUGGAUUGCAGACUAUUUAAAGCAAAGCUGAAUACACUCAAGUUCAUUUCAUGUAGGAUCUCAUGUUAGACUCAGUCAGUAGCCCUUAGGAUAAAGGUGAUGAAACUAGCCAAGGCGAUGAGCCUAGCUGAGAUGCUGGUCUUUCUCCACCUCCUGAAAACUAUCCUUCAUGUCACGCCUCCAUGCGUAUGUCUCCGUUUACCUCUGUGCUGAAAGUAGUGAUGCAGUGAAAGACAAAUUCCUACUCUGGCUUCUUGUCUGGACAUCAGGCUUUGGUACCGCUUGGUCUCUGUGUCUGUGAGUAACUCCCAGACGCCAACCGUCCCGCUCCGGGGCUCACUGCAUCUCAGCCAUCGCGUCCCUCAGUACUGCAACACACCAACACCAACACAUCAGUUCUAGAUAUGGAUGUGCCUGAACUGCAGAAAUCAGACCUGGAUUUUGAAUGCAUUCCUGUCUGCAGUUGGGCUAUUGUAGAGUUUGGCCUGAUGAUAGAGGAAGAUGAUAUUCUGCAGCCCUUCCCCAAAAAAGCUCCAGGAUGUUCAAGUCAGCAAUUUCAGCUCAGGCCCAUCUCUAUUUUUCUAUUACCUAUUGAACAAUAGGUUGUAUGUAAAUAUAAGUCUCUUUUCAGUGAUCAAAUGAAAUGCUGCUAUAUACCACUGUUGAGGAAUUUAUGGAGUUAUUCAUUUAGCUUUUUAGCCUGUCAUUACUAUGUAGAAGUUUAGCCACAUAAAACUAUUUUUUAAAGGCUAGACUUUCUUGAGAAGUGAAUGCAAUUACAAAAAGUGAAAGGGAAUAAGCAACCCUUUGCUCAAGAGUAUGAUCGGUCCCUGCCAUGUUCACGUUGUGUGCUUGCACAAGACACAGUGAUGUUCUUAGAUCCAAAGUGGGAUUAAAAUGACAGAAUUUAGAGAAUUUAGACUUUGAGUCUAGUAUCCCAAAUGUUGAUUGCCUAAAGCACUUAGCCCCAAAAUACUAUAAGAAAAAAUAUUGCAAGUAUAUUUCUAGAAUAUUUUUUAAACUAUAACAUUUAUUUUGGUGUAGUUACCUCUGUUUGCCUUUCUUUUUUUACUCCAGUUGUGUCUGCCUAAACAUGACAUAGUUUGAAACUAGUUGCAUGUUUAGCUGAGAGUAUCAAGUAUGAAUGCAGAUGAGUUUAGCAUGAUAUGGGCUCAGCAUUAGCACUUUCUCCUAAAGGUUGUUGAUAUUAUUUAUUUCCUAAUACAGCUUUAAAGGCAUAUUCUGUAAGGCCAAAAUCACAAAAGAGAUUUAUAUCUCAUUAUGUUCAUCAAAAUGUGUCUGUUUUUGCAAGAAGUCUAAAGAGAUGGUCACUGGACACUGAUUUUCAGUCAUGUCAAGAGUAAAAUGUCCUCACUGGUGUGUGACAUAACACACAAGCAAACCCACCCCAGGUCCCCUGAAAUCUCAUCAGGAAAACAUCGACAUUAAAAACUUCAUGGAGCCGGGAGGCAGGUCAUUUUAAGGAGCAACACAUGAGGACUAGGAUCUAUUUUCAAUUUUGCCAUGGAUCUGCUGUUUGUUAGCAAGCAAAUUUGCCUUUCUGUGCCUCAAUUUACCCAUCUGUAUAAUCAAAAUAGAAAUACCAGCUCUGUGGCAGUGUUGUGAGAGAUAUAGAUGUAUCUGAUUUGCAUAGGCAGAUGUACAUUACAAUUAUAGCCAAUAUGCUGGUGUUAAAUAAAUGGUUUUGGGUGCAUCAUAGCCAGAAUAUUUCCUAAAUAAACAUUCCCUAGUGUGCUUUUAUAAUCUAUUGGUCACAGAAGGGCAGCAGCAAUCAGGCUGGGGGCUGCUCUUCUGCUUGUCCAGAGCUUUCCCUCUCAGCAUUCACACCACUGCACGGUGGGUAGUCAUGGGAAAUCUUGCACGGGGUAGUUUUGCCUUUAGAUUCUUGUGUAAGUACAGGUGACUACACUGCACCAGAAUUUGAGGUGAUCUUCAGAAAUGCAUUUGGAAAAGUAUACUGGAAGCAGGCAUAAGUCUUCAGAAAGAGAGGCUAGAAACGCAGUGUCAUUGAGGAAUGAUUUCUGAAGGUUGCUGAUGUGGUUUAAGGCUGUGUAUAACACUGCAGAUUACUUGCAAAGCUUUUAUAAAAGAGGCUUCUGUGCUUCCUUAUUGUACUGUAAUUAAAUACAAAGGGAAGGAAUAGGCUUGAUGCAUAAGGGCUUCACUAAGCAGUGACCCUGGAUCAAUCCAAAUUGCAGCUUUACAAGCAUUUUCUGUUUGUUUUUAGCCACCAAAAUGUCAGGUGUACAGAGGUCCUACAUAGCUUUGUUCACAAAAUAGCCAGAUCCCCAGCAGCUGCAAAGGUGGCUGUUUUCUAUGCAGAAGUUUACUGUUCUGCUCUGACCACCACCAGGCUCAGAAAACUGCUCUGUUCUGUCUGAGGGAGAGCACCAACUCAAAAUUUCUUCUCAAGGAACACCACUAGCAGACACAAGCCAGGAAUGCAUUUUAAGAACCUCAGCUGUAGGUUGUUGAGUUUCCCGGGUGCUCAGCAGCACCAGGAAGGUAGAGCUGCAGCCCUAGCCCCGGCACCCUUCCUGACUCAGACUCACCACAGUAGUGUGCCCAGGAAAGCAUCUCUACCUUGGAUACGUUCUGCAAAAACAGACAUGGAAGGAAAGAGGAGAGUUCUACUAAGAAUAAGAUAUAAAUAUAUUGAUAUGUAUCUAUACAAAGACCUAAUUGUUUGGUCUUGCACGCCAUAUGGUCUCAGCAAGUGAAGUGAGCGUGGGCCUCCUGCUCCAAACAGGUCAUGACCAUGGAUGCUGCCAAGCAAUGGAGAAUCAGGCCUAUGGUAGAUAUGUAUUUACAAUACUCCCUGCACCUGUACAAACAAAAAUAUAUUAUUUUAAACCGCAAAAUAGUGUGUCUAAAUCAAUGCAUGAAUGUAAAUAUUCUAAGAUCUGCCUUCUUGACUGUGUACCACAUGUACAGAUGAAAAAGAAUAUUGUUUAUAGAAAUUCUGUAUCAGUGGUUAAAUGACUAAAGAGAAAAAAAAAUCAUAAUUAAUGUUGUCAUGUUUCUCAAACAAGCCAUUAAUGUAUAUUUAGUAUUUAAGGAUAUUGCUCAAUAAGUAUGUUCCGUACCAAAAACUGUGUUGCAUAUACAGAUUGUGCAGUACCCUAUUUUAAA